AUGACGCUCAUCGAUCGCGACUGGGAGGAGAAGAUCCUGCCAUCGAUUCGAGUUUAUCGCCAAGAGCCAGGAAACUGCAUUAUGCCGCAAGCAUUCGUAGUACCUUCCUCUGCUCCAUGGCCAGAGAAGGCGUGGGGAAAGCCGCUUGGAAUAGUGGUCAGUGAAAUGCGAUUCCGUAAGGCGUACGCGGAGCAAGCGGCUCGAGACAAGGACGUGCUAGACGCUCUCGGAUUCGCGUGGGAUCGGAGUGACGCGGUGUGGAACGAGAUCGUUAUUCCCGCGCUCGAAGUGUACGUCGACACUUGCAGGAAUGGCAAAGUUCCGUUCCAGUUUGUUGUUCCCUCGGAAGACCCGUGGCCUAGGGGAAGCGCCUGGGACGGCUACUCGUAG